AAAAGUAUGUUCCUUUGUUUUUAUUCAGUUAAAUCCGAGUAAUCGUGGUUUGAAAUUUGUAGAAGUAUAAGAAAAUAAGUAUAAAAAAACAAGGGUAAGUCUACGACAUUAAUGAAAUUUCGGCGCGAAAUUUCUCCUCCAGAAUUUCAUUGAAACGCGAACCGGAACGUUUCGCGCGUUCAAGAAAUUUAUUGGUCGAUUUUAAAAUGAUCGAUCGAAUUCAUCGAUAGAUGUCACUCGUGAAAUUUAUUAUUUAGUUAAGUGAACCGACUAUUUGAGAUUCAUGAAGUCAAAAGAAAUUUUCGAAUUUAUAUUUCGAUUAAGCAUGAGAUUUUAGAUUCCGCGUUAUUAUGUACUUAAACAAAACAAAUCGAGAUUAACGCUGAUCGAUUUCGAGGAAUAGUUUCGUCAUUAGUUUUGUGAAUUUGAGGGAAGGAAAAUGUGCGGGAAUGUGUCAUAAUUGACAUUCUUGAAUCGAAAUAUAUCGAUACGAUUAGAACUAGUUUCGAUUAGUGAACAAUGCGCACUGCGAAUGAAUACUCGACUUGCGUUUCGCGUGUUCGUAAUUGACUGUGGUGUUGAAGUGUGUUCUCCUCUUUAAAGACAUGAUGGGACGCCAAAGCUGCGGUAAACUGUGCUUUCUGUUCGUCGUACUACUUUUCGCAGCUACAUUAAAAGGUGGAAAUGGCGAUGUUGAAAAUCUGGAUCCAGAUGUGCAAGACUAUACCACUGAUGAAGAUUAUAAUGAUGUCUUUGAUGCAACAACUAACGGGACUGAAAUGGAGGCAGUGUCUGGGGCCAAAAGUGGCACUUUGAAAUUUAUACGGACUUUGACUAAUAUUUCGAAAGAUGCUGGUGGUGUGGCGCAUAUGCGAUGCGAGGUUGUUGGAGAUCCUCCGCCAACUAAAAUCAAAUGGUUCAAGAACGAAGCACCUCUCGAAGAGAAACGGCCGAAAAUCACAAUUAAGAAGAUACAUGCACAGGCGCAUGAACAUGCUGCGAAGAAUAUUGCCGGAAGUCGUUUAAAGAUCAUCAACUUAGAUGUCUCUGACGUAGGUUUCUACACUUGUCGCGUAACAAAUGGAAAAGAUCAGAUUCAAAGCGAAGGAACUCUUCGAGUCGAUUCUUCCAAAAACAGACAUGAAAAAAGAAAAGAAAGGAAUUCUUAUCGAUGGAAACGAGUUCCAGCACGCGAUCGUACGUGGCAAAGUCGAAUGCAUGUUAGAGAGAUGCAGCAGCGGUUACGUGUCCGACCCACGUAUUAUGUAUCUCGAACAGGAAAUGGAAAAGAUAAGACAACUCGAGUUCCUAUUCAUUCCGAUCAUCCCAUUAGUCAAACAUCGGAUGAUAGAUUUUCCCCGGAUAUGAUUGGUGGUGGUGAUUUCAUUGAAGGCAUUGGGCCUGGAGAUGGAUUAGACCUCUCAGGGACUGGAAUGUCAACGCCACAUAUCUCGCAUUUGGCAUCAACAAAUCCAUUUAGUAUAUUAUCACCAAGUCCACAACCAACUAGUUCUCAAACUAAUACUAUCGACAUUCAUACAAUCGGCGGCCUUAGAAAUGUCAAUAUGCAAUUAUCUCCUGGCAGAAAAGACAAUCAUGAAGGAAAAUGCGAAGUAUACAUAGGAAAAACAUGUGCACAAUUUUUAGGAAAUCAAUCUGUUUAUAUUCCAUAUCCAAUGACUCAAGAAUUACUUGAUGAUAAAUUGAUGAAAGCUUUUGGUGUUAUUAAAUACUCAAAUGAGGUUUCAUCAAAUUGUGAAGGUUAUGCAAAACCAUCAUUAUGUUUUUCUGCAUUUCCAAUAUGUCGUGAUCCUGACAGUAUUCUUAAACUUAAAAAUUCUGAAGCUAGUGCAAGUUUAUUUCAUUUUUUAAAUUCGAAUCAAGGUGAUUUAUCAAGAGAUAUGGAUGAUGGAGAUGAUGCAGAUGAUAUUACAGAAGCUCAUGAUAUUCCCAAAAAACGUAGUCCCACAUUGGGUCCUACCUCAGAAUUUAAUCCGUAUAAAGAUGGAAAAACUUCCAAUAAAAAAAUAAUAAAUCAAAGCUACGGUGAAACACAAUCAUCUAAUAGAAUGGAGAUCAAUCGUAAAUUACGAAGAAUUUGUCGACAAGAAUGUGAAAUGUUAGAGAAUGAUUUGUGCAAAAAAGAAUAUGCAAUUGCUAAAAGACAUCCACUGAUUGGACAUCAAGUGCCUUUAAUUGAUUGUUCAGAUUUACCGAUGGAAGAUACUCCCGAGGCUCGUGAUUGUUUAACUCUUGGAAUCUCUUCAGGAAACAAUGUACAGGAAAAUGACUAUUGUUACUGGGGAAGCGGAAAAUCUUAUCGUGGAAUCGUAAAAACAAGUAUUAGUGGAAGAUCAUGUAUGCAAUGGUCACAUGGUGAAUUUAAUCUUCAGAUUUCCGAUUAUCCCGAAUUAGCUGGAAAGCAUUCAUAUUGUCGCAAUCCAGGUGAUAAAGAAUUACAACCAUGGUGUUAUGUUUAUGUCGAUAGUAAACCACAAAAGGAAUUUUGUAAUAUACCUAAAUGUGUUGAAAAUUUAUGGAUCUAUGCAGUCGUUGGUUUUGUACUAACAGGAGGAUUUGUUACCAUAUUGGUCUGUUAUUGCUGCUGUUAUAGAAGCAAGAAAUCUAGAAGGCAAAUGAAUCAUUUGCCAACAAAUAAAAUGUUAACCGGUAUACAAUGUGACAAAAAUAUAUAUGAUGGAAGGCGAAGUACAACCCAACCUAUGGAAAUGAGUUCUCUUUUAGCUGGUCCUGGUAAUACAACACCUGGAACAGGAACAUUAAGUAGUGGCAGUAGUCGAACAUCCAAUAAUAGAGUACCACAAUUUACUACUAAUAAUGUUGUACUGUUACAAGAACUUGGAGAAGGAGCUUUCGGAAAAGUAUAUAAGGGAGAAUUACAAACGGGCAAUAAAUGCGAACCUCCAAUUUACGUGGCAGUGAAAACGUUGAAAGAGAAUGCAAGUCCAAAAACACAGAGCGACUUCAAACGGGAAGUUGAUUUGAUGACAGACCUAAGGCAUCCAAAUAUUAUUUGCCUACUGGGUGUAAUACUGAAAGGGGAACCAAUGUGCAUGUUGUUCGAGUACAUGACCCAAGGGGAUUUACACGAGUUUCUCAUUUGCCAUUCACCAAGAUCAGACGUUCCAUUGAACAAUGGAAACGGAAAAAUUCUGGAACAACCGGAAUUUUUGCACAUCGCAUUACAAAUAGCAUCUGGUAUGGAAUAUUUAGCCAGUCAUCAUUACGUUCACCGAGACUUAGCUGCGAGGAAUUGCCUAGUUGGAGAUAACUUAACAGUAAAAAUCUCCGAUUUUGGUUUAUCUCGUGAUAUAUACAGCAGUGAUUACUACAGAGUUCAAUCUAAAAGUUUAUUACCUGUUCGAUGGAUGCCGCCAGAAUCAAUUCUUUACGGCAAAUUUACCACAGAGUCCGACGUAUGGAGUUUCGGAGUUGUAUUAUGGGAAAUUUAUAGUUACGGUUUACAGCCAUAUUACGGAUACAAUAAUCAAGAAGUAAUAGACAUGAUUCGAUCACGGCAAUUAUUACCCUGCCCCGAGGAUUGUCCAACUAUGAUUUAUAGUCUAAUGAUAGAGUGCUGGCACGAAGUAGCUAAUCGCAGACCGCAGUUCCCGGAGAUUCAUCAUCGUCUGCACAACUGGUACAUAAACCAAACUUACCUGAGCGAUUUCUGUAACGAAUCUAUCACCAGUUAUUCCGGAAGCAGUCAUAAAAGCACAAAUAAAACCAAUUCCACACAGUUAUCAGCGCCAAUAUAUAAGUGCGAUCCGAAGGAUAUGAAUUUCAAAGCGAACACGGAUCAACAACCUUCAUUCUGUAACUUAAACGACCACAGUAAUGGUAUCAAGAUGUUGCCACCAAGCUUCCAGAACACAAACCUCAUCGAGCAGAGGCCAAACUGUGGCUUCAAUGAACAUGGUACGCCGAUGAAGACCUCUAUCUAUCCGAAUCAAACGACAAAUAUCAAUUUAAAUGAUUUCGACGAGAAACAGUGUUGCUCGCCAAAAUUAAGCGGAGCGAAGAAAGUAUUGCCUCCGGCACCUCAACCGAUGAACAAAAUAAAUACGCCUAAUGGAACUAGACCAAUGCAAAACGGAGCACAAUUAGUUGUUAGGUUACCAGACCCUAGUAAGGUCACUACAGAGACCAGGGUAUCGAAGUGAAUAUAAUUAAAGAUUGUUUCACUUAGACGAUUUUUGUAUGAAUUUUAUAAUUUCAUAAAUCACACGUUAUACAAGAUAUAUAUCUAUACCUCUACAUUCGUUUCAUAAGUAAAAGAAUUCGAUCUUCAAAGCUUUCGGGUAACGUUUGUUAAACAGGAUAAGUAAACAAACCUCUCACUAAUAUCUAAUCACUGCCAUUUUCGUAUUUAUUUAUUUCUUUCGAUUGAAAUAUAAAUAUUUUAUAUACUGUCGAUAAA